CUCGGGCUUGUUUUGAUUCCAAAAGUCACUGCCUGCACCGAGCGCAAACACCAGAGAACAAACUUGACUUUCAAACUGGCCCCCUGCGUCUCCCCAGAGCCUGAAAACCUCUCACCGCUGCCAUGGCCGCGUCCGUCCGCUGCACGCUGCUCCUGCUGCUGUCGUCGUCGUCCCUGCUGUCCGCCGCGAGCGCCGAGGGCUUCGCCCUGACGCCCAGUGAGCUCGGCCCCGUGCCCUGCAACGACAAGGCGGUGGAGAAGCUGUCCCGCCUGGCCGUCACCUACAUCAACGAAGAUCGCACUGACGGCUACAAGUUCGCCCUCAACCGCAUUGCGAACGUCCACUUGCAAGCUCAGGGCCCAGCAGGCAAUGUGUACUACCUGGACCUGGAUGUCCUGGAAACCAAGUGUCACACAGGCAGCCCUAAACCGUGGAAACGCUGUGACGUCAGACCAUUCAUGGAGACACAAAUCUCCGGCAACUGCAACACCACCAUCCUCCACACGGCCGAGGGCUUCUCCUACCUGUACAGCUACGACUGCACUCUGGUGCCAGAUGCCCCAGAGAAGCUCCAGCAGAUCUGUCCCACCUGCCCCCUCCUGCUCCCCGUCGACAGCCCGCAGGCCGUGAGCGCGGCCCGGGCCACGCUGGCGUCCUACAAGAGACAGUCCAGACUCGGCGCGGGACUCGGGGUGCAGACGAUCACCCGAGCCGCGGCGCAGGUUGUGCCGGAGAAAGGCAGUUUCGUGGAGUACACUGUCCAAGAGUGUCCGGAGGGAGUGACGGAGCGAGGCACCUGCCAGAGGCCGUCGCCCGGCUACGACACAGGGACUGCAGGCUUCUGUGCGGGAUCUGUGCGUGGAGACGUGAACAUCCACCCUGACGUCCAGGUGUCCUGUGAGAUGUUCAAAGUGCAGAAUGUGGACAUCCUCAGGCCGCUGCAGCCGCAGGGUCACGACCUCCCCCAAGACCCCCUGAGCCCAACCUACGCUCCUCCGAUCGACGACCCAGGAAACGAUCCGCAGCCUGCUCCCUCUGACCCGUCACCGCGCCCUGCUGUUCAACCGGCGCCGUUUGACCCCGCGCCCGUUCACCCGGUGCCCUUUGACCCACCAGUGGUGGUUAAUCCCUCUAACCCCUCCACGUCCUCUUCCAGUUCUGAGUCCUCUGAAGCACUCGUCAACCACCAACAACCACCAGUCCCUGGGCCGUUCGACUCCUCCUCCGAAGAGAUCGGAGGCCCCGUGGCGCAGCGGCCGCCCUUUGACUUCCGCUACCAGAGGCGUGAGCGCGAGAAGCGGCAGGCCUUGGCGGAGACGUCACCCUCUCACAGCCCCGUCUUCCUGUCUGAUUUCCCCAGCGGCCCCUCUCCUUUCCGCUCCUGUCCCGGUCCCGCUCGAUACACCACAGUUUAACUGACGCUCGCCUGAGAAACCAUUUGCUCAUCUUUAAUUCAUCCACUGAGACAGUGGAGCAAUAAACUGCUCCGCUCCCUGUCACUGGAGGCUUGUAAUAAUUUGUGCUAAUGAGAGGAAUGCUACCUCUUUUUUUCCCGUGGCCCUGAAAUGACCUCUCUGCCACAACUGGUACAGUACUGGCAAAGCAGCUGUGACAGAAAACAUCUGUAUUUGAAAAAAAUGGCUUCAAAUCGUUGAUCAAUUUGAAUUAAUCCUGUUUUUUUAUCUUCUGUCAACUACUUAAAAAAUUUAAAUACUUAAGCUAAGAGUCUAACAAUACUUACAGUAUCAAUUUUUUGGUAGAAUAAAGCGAUACAUUUUGAUUUUAAAACUAUUUUGCAUGAUGAAUUAAUUGUUUUAUUGGAAGUCAUUUGUGGAACAAAAGUACCAAACAUCUUUUACUAUAUUUCCAGCUUCACAAAUGUGAUGGCGCCCUGCUUUCCAUCUGUUUUAUAUAUUUCUAAACGGAUAGUAUCUUCGGAUUGUGUUGUCUUGUUCAGAUGACUGUGCACAGAUGAGGGAGCCCAGAUAUAUUUGUAGGAAAUGAAAAAAAAACAGAAAUCUUAAUAAAAACAUUAUCUAGUACGAUUAAA